AUGAGCGCCGACCCCCCUUUCCCCGAUGCCUCCGCCCCUGACGCUCUCAUCAACCACGACCGCUCCAUCGAAUACUGGAGCUCCGUCUCAGCAGACACGACGGGCAUGUUGGGCGGCUACCCACAAACCUCGCGCAUCGACCUCCAGAGCUCCUCCAACUUUCUCACCAAGCUGCGCCGCGCGAAAUCCACACUGCCCCCCAAACAACCAUUACCCCUGCUCGACAGAGUCGCAGACUGCGGCGCCGGUGUCGGCAGGAUAACGAAGGAGUUUCUGCUCAAGGUGAGCAGGCGCGUGGACGUUGUGGAGCCGGUGAAGAAGUUUACCGAUGAGCUGGUGCAGAGCUUGGGGAGCGGGGAGUGGGCUGGGGAUGGCGAUAGCGGGGCGGGCAUUGCGAGGGGCCAGGUCGGCGAGGUGAUAAAUCUGGGGCUGCAGGACUGGGAGCCCGAGGUCGGCGCGUACGAUGUGAUAUGGAACCAGUGGUGUCUGGGACACUUGACAGAUGUGCAGCUCGUCGCGUAUCUUCGAAGGUGCAAGGCGGGGAUUACACAAGCGGAGGAGGGUGCGCGGUCGUGGAUCGUUGUGAAGGAGAAUCUGUCGACGGAUUUCAAGGGCAAGGAUAUCUAUGAUGAAGAGGACUCGAGUGUUACACGGUCGGAUGAGAAGUUUAGGCACUUAUUCAAGGAGGCGGGGCUGAAGAUUGUGGCGACGGAGCUGCAGAAAGGAUUUCCGAAGGAAUUGUUCCCUGUGCGGAUAUACGCUUUGAGGCCGGAGUGA